AUGGAGUCUGAUACUCAAGAACCGAUUGCAUCUACAUCUGGCACUCAAAAACCGAAGAAGUGGGCCUAUACCCACAAAUAUCAAACGGCCUGGGAAUCGAACGCCAAAUUUUGCAAAUGGAUAUCUGUUAGUAAAAAAGGAGAUUCACAUUUUCACUGCAGGACUUGUGCAUGUGAUUGCAAAGGUGGCAUAUCAGCAGUCCAAAAACAUAACAGUUCCAAAAAACACAUCGAAUUAUCCAGUAAUGCCAAAGUCGAUAGUGUUUUUAAUAUGCCUUCGAUGAUUAAGCAAAAAGCUGUGUUGAAAAAUAUUAAAGAAACUGAAAUUCGGAUCGCUUCAUUUGUCGUUGAACACAACAUUCCCAUUAAUGUUUCCGACCAUAUAGUCAGUUUAAUAAACUCCAUACAACUUCAGCCUAAAUAUUUGGCAAAAUUAACAUGCGAUCGGACAAAAUGUACUGCUAUUAUCAACAAUGUCAUUGCGAUCACUGGUUUUGAAGACUUGGUCAAUUAUUUAAAAACUAACAAGUUUUCACUGUUAGUGGAUGAAUCAACUGACAUAAGUUCAGUGAAAAAUUUAGCAAUGGUAGUACGUACAUGCCAGAACUUUUAA